AUUCGUUAAAAAAUCAAAUGUACACCUACGACAUAAAUAUCAAAACUGUAAUUUUCGUUGUCAUAAAAAAAUGGUGGGGUUUUUAAAUGGCAAAGUUCCUAAAGUAAAUCAAUAAUCUGUUAAUUGAUAAUAUAUGACUUGAUUCGGUUAAUAUGUGCCUUGAUUACUAAUCAAUUACUUUUAUAAUUAGUUUAAUUAAGUACCUGCUAAAAGUUGAAGUCGUUAUGUGUUGAUUUCCGCCGGUUAUAGCGUUUAUUUAGGAACAAUUACGAUUGGAAUGUAAAAAUGGCUCUGGGACUUGGAGGAUGCACGUUUCUGAAGAAUGCUACGAUGCUGGAACAGCUCCUCGAAGAAAUCAACUUUCAGAGAACGAAGGAGAUGCGUCAAUUGAUGAAGGAUGAUUCUGGCUUCGUAGUUCUACAAGGAACGACGUAUUGGACAGAUUUGUUCGUGAGGCACUUCCUCUUCCAGGAGGAGCAGGCCAUUGACUGUGACGACCUGCUGUUCUUUGUUCGAAAACGUCAUGUGAAGGGAUCGUCGCGCUACCUGCCUAAAUACGAGACGGACGUCGAGGUGUUCCGUAAAGACUCCAAAAAACUGCCGAUCGGCGACCCGGAGAUCGACUGGGAGGAAACGGUCUACCUCAACCUGAUCGUGCACCAGUUCGACUACACGCUCACGCUGGCCAUCUGCACGCGCACCAGUCCCAAGGAGCUGCAGGUGUUGAAGCGGCACUCGCAGAAGGUCUACGCGUCUCCGAGCCGCCGCAAGAUGGACACGAAGGGGGAGGGCGAGGAGAUGACGUACCCGCAUAUCUGCUUCAUGGUCGACAACUUUGACGAGGUGUUCUGUGACAUCGUGGUGCGAGACGGCGAGAUGGUGUGCGUGGAGCUGGUCGCGCGAGGGCGGGGUGGCAGCGCCCAGGCGGUUAUCUUCCUCGGCUCCAUCCGAUACGACACGCUCACCAGGGUCUACGACUCUAGGCAAACUUCAUUAUCAACUAAAGUAGCCCAGCGUAUGUCGUUUGGUCUACUGGGCAGCAAGACUGCAGCGCGCUGUGAGUUCGUGCGCAUGAAGGGGCCGGGGGGCAAGGGACACGCGGAGAUGGCGGUGUCGAGACCGCGGGGGGCGGGGGUCGACACCCCCACGUCUGAGCCCGGCCUGGCCGCCACAGACAUGUGGGAUAGUGACUGGGAUGAGGACCCCGAGGAGCUGUUUGUGUAUCGACAUCAGCGUCGUCUGAGCGACCCCAGUGCCAACAUUAACAACUUCACUCGCAGCGGGUGGCGCACCAAGGACAACCGGGACAAGAGCCGCUCCGAGAACGAGGGGCUCGAUUCCAUGGUCAGCGGGGUCGCGGAGGUCGAGGCCGGGGACCUCAGGGACGAGCUGGACGCCGGGCUGUACAACCCGCUGUGGGCCAUGCGGGGGUUCUCGCAGACCUUCCACUUGUGGAAGGAGGGCAAGAGGCAGAGCUCCUCGCCGCUCAACGCCUUCCUGACGUACGUGACGCUGCCCUGGUGGACCAUCGCCAAAGAUAUUCUCGACCAUCGCGAAGAACCGAUCUUGACGUUCUAAGCAGCUCGGCCGCGACACACGAGGCCGCGGCGUGUCGUCCAACAGGAGCACGACGAGCCAGUACUCGCUCUAUAACCGACAAAAUCACAGGAACUUGUAUGACUACUCAGUCGCAGUUUGUUUCCGUUUUUUCCAACGGACUUUCUGAAUUUCAUUCCUUAAGAUAUUAUUUCCCAAAAUGCACGUCUCGUAUGUUAUGUUCGCGCAGUCGGGCGUGCACUGUACAAACAAUAUUGAGCUGUGAACGUAUUUGUGAUCGUGUAAUGAUGCUACCUCAUAAAUGUUGUGUGUUCAUCGUGCAAAUGUAUUGUACUGUCCGAUAACAGAUGUAUAACAAGGCAACAAAAUACAAAAACAUUGAUUUGGUGAGACGGAGUACACCGCAGUGGCUCUGCAAGUAGUUCGCGCGCCGUCGCCUAGAUGGCGCUUAUACCAAUAUUGAGAAACUAACAAAAUGUGUUAAAUGGUUAUUGAAUUAAAUAUACAAUAUUCCAUGACUGAUAUAAUAUUCUAGUCGACAUCGGUGAUUAUGUACAUGUAAGUUGAUGAUAUUAUAAUGUAACUUAUUAUGUAAUAAAUACGCUUAGAAAAUUUUUGUCGUACUCGAUAUGGUAUACCGAAUAACAUUUGUAAACAAAAAUAAAAUAUGUGUUUAAAAUUCAAAAGUAAAUUAGAAAGAAUUGUAACGAACCGCAUUUGAUUUGUUUAGUUUUAUUUUGUAAUCGUUGGAAUGCAUGAGGCCUCAGCAGUAACCGCAUCAUCUGAUUUAAUGAAUACGUCUCGUUCUGAGUGCCCGCUACAACAUUACUAUUGUAGUACAAUCGAUUGCAAUUGUAUUUAAGCUUGUGUUGUAUUGUUCCCCUAAAAUCCGUUAUAAAGCGUGGUGUCCGCCCCGGGGGAGGGGGACUGGUUUGUGGGUGUCCGCCCAAUAAUUGAAUACACAUUCGAUGUGACAAUAUGUCGAGAUAUAAGUAUGCCGAGUAUCAAAACGUGACGUCAUUCUGAACUUUGAAAACAUUACGGAGGUGGGCGCAUGGACUGUCCAGUUUGGAUUUGGCUUAAGUUUUUAAAGUAAAUACAUAAUUUUGAUUAAUAUUAAGAACAUUUUGAAGAUCUCGAAAUCUCUUUAGUUUUUUUUUAUUAUGAAAAAUCGAAUUUUCAAAAUUUUGUUGCUAUUUCUUACUUCAUUACUUUAUAUUGCUACCCUUUCAGGACCAAUACACCUCAGAAUUAUAAAAUUUGCAGUCAACGUGCAUAUUACUUUGUAUUUAAAAUCUAAUCCAAGUAGCCGCGACCACGCGAGCUGCGGCGGGAUGAGGUGACUGUGUGAUUGAAUAAAGUGAAUUGUAAUUAACUUUA